ACUACUUUGCCUGUUGGGCGAAUUCAACAUGGCGGGCAUGUGGAGGAGGUCAGUUGACUGGUUCAGAUAUGCUUGGGGAAGGGAGCCUGUGGUAUUCAUGUCAUGUGUGUUUGGAUUCUCAGGUCCUUUGAUAGCUUUGCUCAGUCCCUGGACAAAGGAUACCAUUGAAACAAUGAGGUCAAUACCCCGUGUCUACCCAUAUCCACAACUGGAGGGGAAAAAUAUGACUUUUUAUGAUACUCAUGGAGAGUUGAAGGAUGUAAAAUUUAUUUUCUGAGGAACAAGACAUUCCAAGUGAAAAACCCUUUGUAUGGAUUACUUGAAGAUUGAUUAGUUCGUUUUAUGUGUGAGACUUCUCUCAUUACUGAGAUAGAAGGAAACUUACUUUGUUUCUUGUUAAUUUGAAUGUAGUUUUCAAGGUGAACAUACAGUAUGUAUUGUGCAUCAUCAUCACUUCAAAUAAAGUUUGUCUUCUUGUACAA